AUGCGAGAGGCCGCAGAACGGCGGCAGCACCUGGAACUGGAGCAUGAGCAGGCCCUGGCUGUCCUCCACGCCAAACAGCAGGAGAUCGACCUGCUGCAGAAGAGCAAGGUGCGGGAGCUGGAAGAGAAAUGCCGGACGCAGAGUGAGCAGUUCCGCCUGCUGUCGCAGGACCUGGAGAGGCUCCGGGAGCACGCGGGGAAGAUCGACCUGCUGGGUGGCAGUGCUGGGGCCUCCUUGGACGUCCCCGCGUCCGGCAAGCCUUUCCCGCAGUUCAUGAACGGACUCGCCCCUUCCAUCGGCAAAGCUCAGGAGAGCACCGUCCGAAGCCGCACCGUGAUCGGGGACUACAUCCGGCCCCUCCCACUUGCUGGUGACAGGCCGGCGCCUCCAUCUGUCAAGCCCGCCUUUCUGUCGAGAUCCGCCAGCCCAAGAUGCAGAUUUGAAUCAGACAUGGAUAAUGAACGGAAUUCCAAUACCUCCAAGCAGAGAUACUCGGGGAAGGUCCACUUGUGUGUCGCCCGCUAUAGCUACAACCCUUUCGAUGGGCCCAAUGAGAACCCCGAGGCCGAGCUGCCGCUCACGGCGGGGAAGUACCUCUACAUCUAUGGGGACAUGGACGAAGACGGCUUCUACGAAGGUGAACUCCUGGACGGGCAGAGGGGUCUGGUGCCCUCCAACUUUGUGGAUUUUGUCCAGGACAGCGAGUCACGACUAGCAAGUACGCUGGGGAAAGAACAGGACCAGAAUCUCAUCAACCAUGCCGGCAUCGGCUUGGAGGCGGAGAACAUUUUGGACCUCCAUGCCCCCACUCACAUAGACGCCGGCAUCACGGACAAUGGUGCGGGGACACUGGGCGUGAACAUUGACGAGAUCGGAGAAGACAUCGUGCCUUACCCUAGAAAAAUCACCCUCAUCAAGCAACUCGCCCGAAGUGUCAUUGUGGCCUGGGAGCCCCCGGCCGUGCCGCCGGGCUGGGGGACCGUGAGCAGUUACAACGUGCUGGUGGACCAGGAGACGCGCGUGAGCCUCAUGCUGGGGAGCAGAACCAAGGCCCUCAUCGAGAAGCUCAACACAGCAGCCUGUACCUACCGGAUCUCUGUGCAGUGCAUCACCAGCAGGGGCAGCUCGGACGAGCUGCAGUGCACGCUGCUGGUGGGCAAGGACGUGGUGGUGGCCCCCUCUCACCUGAGGGUGGACAACAUCACCCAGAUCUCUGCCCAGCUCUCCUGGCUGCCCACCAACAGCAACUACAGCCACGUCAUCUUCCUCAACGAGGAGGAGCUCGAUGUCGUCAGGGCUGCCAGGUACAAGUACCAGUUCUUCAACCUCAGGCCCAACAUGGCCUACAAGGUGAAGGUCCUGGCCAAGCCUCACCAGAUGCCGUGGCAGCUGCCCCUGGAGCAACGGGAGAAGAAAGAGGCCUUCGUGGAAUUCUCCACGUUGCCCGCAGGCCCUCCGGCGCCCCCCCAAGAUGUCACUGUCCACGCCGGGGCCACCCCAGCCACCGUCCAGGUCUCCUGGAAGCCGCCUGCCCUGACAACCGCCGGGCUGUCCAAUGGGGCCAACGUGUCCGGCUACGGCGUGUAUGCAAAAGGGCAGAGGGUGGCUGAGGUCACCUCCCCCGUGGCGGACAGCAUAGCCGUGGAGCUGGUGCGGCUGCGGAGCCUGGAAGCCAAGGCUGUGACCGUGCGGACCCUCUCUGUGCAGGGCGAGUCCACGGACUCUGCCCCUGCUGCCAUCCCUCCCGACCUCCUGGUGCCUCCAACCCCCCACCUGAGAACUCCCACACCGAAGCCCUUAGCAAGUGCUGGAGCCCCUGAUACCAAAGAUGAACACCUGGGUCCCCACGUCGCCAUGGACGGGGCCUGGGAGCAGACUGGGGCCCCGGCCCCAGCCCACGGGCACAUGCUGGAGCCGCCCAGCCUGCAGGGCUCGGGCCCGGGGAGGCGGUCCCCCUCGCCCAGCCGGAUCCUCCCACAGCCGCAGGGCACCCCGGUUUCCACGUCCGUCGCCAAGGCCAUGGCCCGGGAAGCCGCGCAGAGAGUGGCCGAGAGCAGCAGGUUAGAGAAAAGGAGCAUCUUCCUGGAGCGGGGCGGCGGGCAGUACACAAACUCAGAUGAGGAGGACAGCUAUGACUCCCCGGACAUCAAGAGGAGAGGCGCCUCGGUGGAUGACUUUCUGAAAGGCUCAGAGCUCGGCAAGCAGCCGCACUCCUGCCACGGUGACGAGUACCAUACGGAGAGCAGCCGGGGCUCUGACCUCUCGGACAUCAUGGAGGAGGACGAGGAGGAGCUCUACUCUGAGAUGCAGCUGGAGGACGGCGGCAGGAGGAGACCCAGCGGCACAUCCCACAACGCCCUCAAGAUUUUAGGAAACCCGGUGUCUGCAGGACGGGCUGACAGGGUGGAUCACGUGGGCCGAAGGUUCCCCCACGGCAGUGCUGGUCCUCCGCGGUCCCGGCCAAUGAUGGUCCCGUCCAUCGACGAGUACAGUGAGCGGGACCGCCUUUCUCCAGACUUCUACGAAGAGUCGGAGACCGACCCAGGUGCCGAAGAGCUCCCAGCCCGGAUCUUUGUGGCGCUUUUUGACUAUGACCCCCUCACCAUGUCCCCGAAUCCAGAUGCUGCCGAAGAAGAGCUUCCUUUUAAGGAAGGACAGAUCAUCAAGGUCUAUGGUGACAAAGACGCGGACGGCUUCUACCGUGGGGAGACCUGCGCCCGGCUCGGCCUGAUUCCUUGUAACAUGGUCUCAGAAAUCCAGGCGGACGACGAGGAAAUGAUGGACCAGCUUCUGAGACAAGGCUUCCUUCCUCUGAACACGCCCGUGGAGAAAAUAGAGAGAAGCAGAAGAAGCAGCAGGCAUCCGGGGGCGACGCGGAGGGUGGUGGCCCUGUAUGAUUAUGACCCGCGAGAAAGCUCACCUAACAUCGACGUGGAGGCGGAGCUGACGUUCUGCACCGGAGACAUCAUUACUGUUUUCGGUGAGAUCGAUGAAGAUGGAUUUUAUUAUGGGGAACUUAACGGGCAGAAAGGCCUUGUGCCUUCAAACUUCCUGGAAGAAGUGCCUGACGACGUGGAAGUCUAUCUCUCUGACGCACCGGGCCACUACCCCCGAGACGCGCCGAUGCGCUCCAAGGCAAAACGGAAGAAGAGUGUUCAUUUCACACCUUAAUCAGGCACUGUAGCCUUCACGUAAGUGAGCAACUGAAGAUACCCGUACAGAUUUAGCCCCGUCCGCGGCGCUAGGCGGACUAGUGCGGGAGACGCAAGGCUUCACUGUGGGCGUUAAAAACAAAAAC